CUUCCUCAGCAAUCAUCUAACUUCCGAGGUCGUCGUACCUAUUCGGAAGUUGUUGUCGAGUCGUUUGAUGGAGAUCGAUGUACUGAUGUAGUCAGUACCACUUCGGAUGGUGAAGUUUUCCCGCAGUCUUCUCGCUCUUCAAAAGCUGGUUCUGAGAUUGUGCAGUUCCCGGACAAUGUGACCUACUAUUAUGGAAAUCCCUUUGUUGAAAAAACUGAAGGAAUUCUUCAUUUUUUCAAACAUAAUGAUGAGUGCGUAGGAAGGGAAGUGCAAUGCCGGAUGCUUUGCAUGAUAGCAGUGCCUUCACAAAUUACUCUCCGAGAAAUUCUGCUAUUUAUCGGUGGAGCAAUUCAGACUAUAGAACGAAUUAAGGUUAUCAGGGACUCGACUCCGAAUGAGUAUAUGAUCAUCCUCAAAUUUAAAACUCAUAAUGAUGCAGUUGUAUUCUUUGAAGAAUACAACGGAAUGCAGUUUAAUAGUUUGGAACCAAAUCAAUGCAAACUGCUGUUUGUGGAUCGGAUAGAAUGCGUGAGUUUUCUUAAAAGGGGAUUGCUUUCUACUCGAAGUGGCCAUUCAAACAAGAUAUAUUUCAUAAUAACAAGUUGGAUAUAGAA